GGCAUCGUGUUUGACAUGGACGGCACCCUUACUCAGUCCAACAUUGACUACGCGACGAUGCGGGCCAAGACGCUGAUCCCAGGAUCCGCUGACGGCAGCUCCCCCUGCCCGCUGCCUUCCUCGACUGGCUUGUGCGCGCACCGUGCGCAGGUGAUGGAGAGCUGGGACAGCGGGGAGCGCAUCAAGCAGUCCAUGGACACAAUACUGGAGCUGGAGGCGCAGGCAUCGGCGGGCCUGCAGGCCAUGCCGGGCCUGCUGGAGCUUCUGGCCUUCCUACGGGGCAGCGGGGCCAGGGUGGGCCUGGUGACACGCAACACCGACGCCAGCCUCAACGCCUUCUUCGCCGCCAUCGGCGAGGAGUGGCGCUCCGUGUUUGACAUCCUGCUGACGCGGGACAACUUCCCCUUUGUGAAGCCCGACAAGCGCUGCCUCCUGCACUUUGCAGAGGCGUGGGGAGUGCAGCCCUGGGAGCUGCUGAUGGUGGGCGACUCUGUUGAAGACAUUGAGACGGCCAACGCAGCGGGCACCGCCUCAGCCCUCAUU